AUGACUGGAAUGGUCGAGAAGGCAGAAUGGUCUCUUGCAAGCAAGCAGAAGUAUGACUUUCAAGCAAUCCGAGUCCGGAUCUCUGAGCUCAUCCCGACUGGGGCCAAGCCGCGAAUGUACAGAGUCGGCAGAAAUACGCUCGUCAAGGCGCUCAAGAAUCGAAUUACACAAGCUUCUGAAGGUAGAUCAGUAACACUGAUUGACUCCAGGACGAGAAAAGAAGUCUCCGAGUUAGAUUCUAUUGCCGAUCUCGUUCCGAUCGACGCCCUGACCGAUAGCUCUUCGAGGCUCGGCCCCGUCGUUGAGCUCAAGCUUGAUUGGGGAAAAGUGUCCACUGAACCGUCGAACGCGUGCCGCCCAGUGCGAUCAGCACGCGUUUUCCAUCGAAACGUUCGCGAGUGCAUCAGCGCCGCAAAGACCGGAACGCAUCCCGCGAAAAGGCCGAGGCAUAGCGCCGAGGAAGGCCCAUCUGUGAAACGACCUCGUGUCGAGCACUUUGUGCAGGACACGAGAGGUCUCCAGAAAACAUUCUCGCAACUAUCUGAUAUGAUGGGUCGGCUCUCUGAGCUAGUGGAGGCGUAUGAGCCUGGCACUGAGCGAGAGACGGGACUUGUUUUCCGGAAUUCGAUGGACGCGUUCAGAUUCAUGAUUCCCAUGAUGCAACACAUAACAUCCUUGGCUCUUCCAGUCAAGUUCGAUCCUAGUUCCGAAAUUCUAGCGCUUACGCCCGAUAUGUCUAUCCCCUCACAGCCGCUUACGCAGACCCCAUCCCCGUCUACCCAGGGCUCAGUUAAGUCCGAGCCAUCUGCCGACGACUCCGACUAG